AUGCUAAAUGUUUCCCCACCGGAGGCACAGACCCAGACGAACAGAUUGAAAAGACCGCAUACCAAGUCCCGCAGGGGCUGCUACAACUGUAAGAAUCGGAGGAUCAAGUGCUCAGAAGCAAAACCCGCGUGUGGGAACUGUAUAUUCAAAGAGCUAGAAUGCGUCUACCCACCCCCUCCCAGAACUGAGCCCUACGCCGUGGUACAAAAUCACCGAACAUCAACCUCAGUAUCACUCAACGCUGAACGAUCCUCAUCGCCAUCUGCAUCCCUCUUGAGCGCCCGUAUUAAAGCAACUUCCUUCUCAGGCGACGAUCUCCGCUUCUGGCACCAUUUCCUCGUUGACGCGCGGCCGCAUCUCCCCUUUGGGGACGAGGGAACCUGGAUAUCAACCAUCCCUGCGUUUGCACACGAUUGUCCCCCUCUCCUCCACUCCAUCCUCUCCCUCGGCGCCUCGCACUGCGCCCUCAUAACAUCCAACAGCCAUGGUCGGCAGUACCACGAACUAGCCAUCGCACACCGCGGAAAAGCUCUAAAGGCGUUGAGUACUACCCUCUCCAAAGGACAAUCCUGUACGGUCCUCGAAAUGGACGGCGCACUGGCAACGUGCUAUACGCUCACAUUCCAGGCGCACCAUAUGGCCGAUGGGGUGAUCGAUUUUGCGGUCAUGGUGCGCGGAUGCGGGCUAGUUACAGAUUGGUACUUUGAGCAGAGCAGGGAAAGCAUGAUUUUCAAGUUGAAGUCUCAGGGGGAGAUGUUGGAAAUGAUCACGAGCUGGCUUCCCGGCGAGAUGCAGGCCGUGACGGAGGCGCUGACGGUGAGGGCUUGUAUGCAGAGCCUGGAAGCAUUGAGAUUGCAUCUAGAUAGUCCGGCGCAUGUUUCCUUUUAUCAUACCUUGAAGACAGCUUAUGAGGCUCUCCUUCUUUCACAGAGACAGGCGUUCAUCGCCUUGGCAGGCAUUUACAUGAGCUGGAAGGAGAUGAGCAACAGCGAGUUUAUGGCAUUUGUGAAGCCAGAUAACCACAUCUCGCGCGCUUUGUUUAUGCACUACAUCACCAUCGACACGUUCAUGAGGCCGGUGUACUUUGAGCUUUCGCACCAGCGGGGGAUUGCGAACACAGGUGGGCAUUUUCUGAUCUACCGGUGGGCGGAGGAGAUAUAUACGGCGUUGCCGAGGGAGAUGAAGAACUUAGUGAGAGACCUGGUCAGUUAUAUCGCCUUCGAUUUGCUUCCUGAAGUUGAAAAGCAUAAAAGGCAGUUCCCGCAGUGGUUGCAUGAGCUGCAGGGGUUUACGGAGUGGCUGGGGAGGCGGCUGCCGCUGGAUAUGAAGGAGAUGUACAACAUAUAG